UUGGUAUUUAUUUUCUCUAGGAAUGAAUUGGUACUCCAGAAGGAAGACUCAUUUCUCAUAGAUAUAAUCAUCUGCCCCAUUCCUAGAAUUAUAGAAAUGCUUUUAAAAUUCAAAGUGGAAAUCACUCUGGAUUGUAACACAGCCAGUGCAGGUCUCAUCAUCUCUGAAGAUUUAAAGAAUGUGAGAUAUGGAGGGACACAGGUGGAAGAAGUCCUCAACAACAGUGGGAUUGGUGGUUUUGCCCAAGUUUUUGGUAUUCAGUCUUUGACUUCAGGACGAUACUACUGGGAGGUUGAGGCACCAAGCAAUACUGGAUGGUGUAUUGGCAUCUGUAACCCAAAUCUGCUUGAAGAAAUCUUUGUGCUUAUCGCUAUACAGAGUCACAGUGGACACCAGCUUUAUGCCUUAGGUUUGCACCACAUUUCUCAUAAAACUUAUGUGAAAUACUGCCAGAACUGUGUGUCCAAACUAAUGGUAGGCAUUUUCUUUGACUAUGAACGCAGAGAGAUAUCAUUUUAUAAUGUAAAAGAAAGAUCUCUCAUUUUUACCUUUGCAACUUUUUCUUCCUCAGGACCCUUCUUUCCCAUCUUUGGUCUUUCUAGGAAAGCCCUGAUAAAUGAUUCCUCUCUCGUGAUCUGUCCCUAAUUGAGAGAGAGCAAGGAAGAUAGACUUAUCCUCCAAAUGAACUUCAGGCCCUCUAUUUCACAACUUUUAUGUGCCAUAAAAUUUUGGAACUGGAAGUGGCCUUGACAUAUUGACAUAUUGUCACAAUCUAAUUUCACAUGCAACGUAACAGUUCUAGAGAGACAAAAAUGACUUGCCCACUCCAAAUAUCAGUCUUGGACCUACCUUCCACCCCCAAUGCAAUGAUAUCAUAUUUAUACUGCAUUUUGAAUAUCCUUAUUUUUUGUGCAUAUUUUUCCUCUGAUUCCAGGAGAAUAUAAACUACAUACAUGAGAGCAAAGACUGUUUUUAUUUUCUGUAUCCCCUGUUUCUAGCAUAUUGUUUAAUAAAAGUGCUUAA